GGGUCCCGACCGGCCUCUGGUCCCAAACCAAACAUUUCUGAACUCUAGCUAGCUAACCAGCUAUCUACAGGCUACAGCUCCUCCUCAGCCAGCCUCCUCCUGCUCGCUAAUCCCUUCCUUCCUUCCAGCUCCCGAGCUUUCUCGAUUCAUUGUAGUUUAUGCCAGCUGCAUGGAUGAUUGGUUAAUUUUUAUUUACCUGGAUUAGUUAGCUUGCACAUGUUCUUGUAAUAAUUAAUCGUUGAGGCUUGGGGGGCUUGUGGCUCUGGGGGAGUAGUUUGCAGUUCAUCAAUGGAGGUGCAGAGGGUGGUGGUGGUGGUGGAGGAGGCGCCGGCUUCGCGGGCGGCGCUGCAGUGGGCGGCCCGCAACUUCAUCCGCGGCGGCGACUCCAUCGCGCUGCUCCACGUCUGCCCGCCGGCCCGCUCCCGCCGCCGCCGCCGCCGCCUCCGCCUCGGCGGCUUCCAGCUCGCCCUCGCCUUCAAGGACCUCUGCAACGGCAUCGCCGAGGCGAAGGUGGAGAUUGUGGUUCGGGAAGGGGAGCUCGCGGAGACGGUGGUGGCCACCGUGGGGCAGCUCGCCGCCACCACGCUCGUCGUCGGCCUCCACGACAAGAGCUUCCUCUACAGGGCGCCGAGCCAGCAUGACAGAGUGAGCAGCCUGGGGUGCAGGGUUCUCGCCGUCCGGCAGCACGCCACGGACCGGAGCGGCUUCCUCGACGGCGCCGAGCUCACCCAGAUCGAGACCAUAAGAUUGCACAUCCCGCCGCCGAAGAUCCCGUUCCCGAUCUUCACGCUGCCGCUGGGCGUGCUAUGGAGGCGAUCGUCGUCAUCCAAGAGGAGGAAAUGAUCACUGGAGAGAUGGGAAGAACACUGUUGAUGUGGAUCAUUGGAAGGAUGGA